AAAAACAUAAUCGAAUUGAAAAGCAUACGACACGUAGGUAAUAACCCCGUCGAACGCAAGGCUUAUCACGCCAUUCAGUACGUCAGUGGCAACAUGGCGCUCAAAACCGGCGCUAGUUUCUUGAGGCUCAACGCUCUUCGUCAAACAGUUCGGUUGCUGUCAACUCACACGAGACCGGAAGUGCAAAAUGGCGGGAAAACUGGCGACUUCCCGGGAGCGAAGGCUGCCUACGUGACACAGAUGAAGUUUUUGAACGAAAACAGCUACGACCCUAUCCCUAUCUACCGAGUGAUGGAAAACAACGGCGAAAUUAUCGAUAAACAUGAGGAACCUAGUAUCGAGAAUGAGAAACUGAUCGAAAUGUAUAAGACUAUGGUUCAGCUGAAUCAGAUGGAUAAGAUCUUGUAUGAGUCCCAGAGACAAGGUCGCAUCUCUUUCUACAUGACUAACUACGGCGAAGAGGGUGUGCAUCUUGGCAGUUCCGCUGCCUUGUCUCCUCAAGACCUGGUUUUUGCGCAGUACCGCGAGUUGGGAGUGCUUCUGCACCGUGGCAUGACCGUAACAGAACUGAUCAACCAAUGCUACGGCAACUGUGAGGACCCGGGUAAAGGCCGUCAGAUGCCUGUUCACUAUGGAAGCAGCCAGAGGAAUAUCGUCUCCAUUUCCAGUCCACUUGCCACCCAGAUGCCACAAGCCGUAGGCGCGGCAUACGCCUUCAAGCGUCAGCCCAACAACGAUCGCGUUGUUAUCUGCUACUUCGGUGAAGGUGCUGCUUCUGAAGGCGACGCGCAUGCAGCCUUCAACUUCGCUGCUACGUUGGAUUGUCCUGUCAUAUUCUUCUGCAGAAACAACGGCUACGCGAUCUCCACACCCAGCAGCGAGCAAUACCGCGGGGACGGCAUCGGCGCCCGCGGCCCGGCGCUCGGGCUCCACACGAUCCGAGUGGACGGCACAGACACCUUGGCCGUCUACAACGCUGUGUCGAGUGCCAGGCAACUUGCGCUGCAGAACAAGCCGGUGCUUAUUGAGGCUAUGUGUUAUCGAGUUGGUCAUCAUUCGACGUCUGAUGAUAGCAGUGCUUACCGUCCAUUGGAAGAAAUUGAAAAAUGGAACAAAGAUGAGAGCCCAUUAAGCAAAUUUAAAGCGUAUCUUGAACGCAAAGGUUUAUGGGACGACGAGGCAGACAAGGCAUUCCAGAAGGAAGCCAGAAGCAUAGUGCUGAAGACGAUGCAAGAGUCUGAGAAGAAGAAGAAACCUCACUGGAAGGAAAUGCUAGAAGACGUCUAUUACGAAAUGCCGGAACACAUCCAAAAACAAAUGAAGGAAAUGGAGAACCAUUUGAAGAAAUUCGGAGAACAUUAUCCACUUAAUCAAUAUCAAAGCGAAUAGGAGCAAUUAUUUAAAAUUUUUAUAAUUUAUGAAUAAAUGUUUUAUUUUUUA